CUCUUCUUGAAAUCAAAAUGGCGGCGUUUUUGUGUAGUCGCUUGAAUUUGGUUGGAAAUUUGUACAGUUUUCCUAAAGUAUGUCAAUCGAUCCUUUCUGGAGGUAAGUAAAUAUCCAUUUAAGACCCUAAUAACAAAUACAACUUUAACCAGUGUUUUCCUCUUCAGGCAAUAACCGGUAACAUUUACCGCCUGUAGUACCUCUUAUUACCGGUUAACAUUGCUUGGAAUUCUUGAAAAUUCAACAUGUAAAAGUAUUGCUUUACCGGUUUAAAAAUUUAUUUAACCUUUCUUGCUUAAAAUAAGGGAGAACACUGAAUAUACACAACUGCCCAAGUCUGUAAGAGACAGUUUAGUUUAAGUGGGAAAAUCUGCGGUAGCCGAAUUUCCACUUAUUGUCACGGUGAAUAUACAACGAGACCUCUCUGGAAACUAAAAUUUUUACUUCGAGACACAAUUUUUUUUUGCCUUUUUAUUUUGCUUUCCAAGUUGAACAAGGAGCCCUGCAGUUGAUGAACAUUAGAAAUAAGUAUAUACCACACAGGUAAAUAAUGCCUUUUGCAUGAGCUGAUUGGUCAGUUUGGAAGUAAUUAGCAAAUGCUAUUCACUUCCGAACAGCCAAAGAGACCAAAUUGCGAGUCAAAUGUUUAAUAUCCAACCACUCUUUUGGUAUAUUGCCAGAAGUAAACUAAUUUUUCGGUGGUAUAUGCUAAAACAAUUAUUCACCCCAGUUUCAGUAAAAGUGGUGGAUAUUUACCUCCACUUCCCUCCCUUUCAACAUUGCUUAAUUCCAUUUCUGAUAAAGCAGCAGUGGAAAAGGUUGAUCUCUCAUCAAAAUGUUUAAUUUUUUGGAUGUCAAAACAACUCUUUUGCCAUAUAUUUCCCUAUAGCAACUUGCAAUGUUUGCCCCUUCUGUAUUUACCUGUGUAUAAUACGCACUUUAUUUCUAUAAAAAUAACCACCAACAUUGUGGUGCUUGUUAUACAUGGAUUCUAUUAUUUGUCAGGUGCGUCCUAAUUUGUUUAUGUUAAAAGCACAACAAAGAAAGUAACAAAAGUUUCAUAGGAACUGGUCUUUUUUAGCUUUGAUUCAAAUAAUCUACCUAUGAAAAAUUUGCAAUUUCAAUCCAUGAAAAAAAUCUAGUAGAGUAUAACAAACAGCUGACUAGAUAGAUAUCACAAUCACACCAUAUUAUUGUAAUCACAAGCAAUUAUGAAUUUGAUAUGGCAACAAAACUUAUCAUGGUUAUAUGUGAAAGCUACACCAUUUCUGAAAAACUCAGAAUUAUCCAGUUUGCAGAGCAGACUAGAUUUUUUGUAAAUACAAUGUAGAUUUUUGCUGAGCUUCGAUAUUGGUUAUAAAUAACUAAGUAGCAAAAGAUAUCAGUGUUAACGGUAUAGUAUAUUACUUGUUCUUGUUGUCUUAAUAAAUAAUUGUACAAAGAUUUGACUUGUCUUUUUUGUGGUGAAAACUUUCUUUCUGAAAAAUUUGGUUAAAAACAAGGGUAGAUAUGGUACUGGCAACUCGUUAGAUUUAAGUGUCAGAAUAGUUAUAGGUAAUAACAUGAUUCUGAGUGCAAUUUGGUGUUAGUUAGGUAUAGUAAAUUUUUCAAAGACAACAAAACUGCAUGAGCCUGUCAGAUGGGUGCAAUUUGUAGUCUUUGAAAAAUUUACAAGUGCUUAUUACACCAAAUUGCAUUCAAAUUCAUGCUAUUAUUUGUCAAUAAUGUACAUGAAAAAGUAGUUACAGAAAGACAAAACAGAUGAUUUUUAAAACGCCCAUACAGUAUUUGUAAUUUGCACUUGUGUUACAUGAGAAUGCACUAAUUUUCAGCCAAUCAGAAGUGCAUAAUUUUUGUCAUAUAUAUUAUUACAAGGAAUUUACAUUAGACAGUGCAAAUAAUUGAUGUUUAGGCUUUGGGAGUGAAAGGGUUAACUGUUGGACUCCUAUUUUUUUCAUGUAUAUUAUUACAAGGAAUUUACAUUAGACAGUGCAAAGAAUUGAUGUUUAGGUUUUGGGAGUGAAAGGGUUAACUCUUGGACUCCUAAGAGUGAAUAGCAUAUAAUUUCUCCUCACAUUACCACCCCAGAGUCAAACAUUUAAGUUACAAGAAUAAAGGAAAUGAUCACCAGCUAAAGAAGCCCUGGAUUCAGAAAGAAAUUCCCCUUGUCUGCAUGUUAGGAAAUAUAUAGAGAACAGUAUGGAGAAUGUGCAUACUGAUUGUAGGGUGUAAAAAGUUAAUGGAUUCCUUGAUUCUCCUUUUUCCUUGGACACACUUAGCUCUUCACUAUUUCUUUUCACUUGGAAAGGAUCUGUUUGCUGUGGAAACAUUAAACAGAAAGGGGAUAGUGGUGAUAUUCUUUGAUGCAGAAAAGUGAAAUUAUCACAUUCUGUUUUGACUUAGCACCAUUGGUGUCUGCUAGAAUCAAAUCUAAUGAAUGCCUGAGUUUUACUUUUUCACAGUCUGCUUUUGAUUAUCUAUAGAUUUCAAUCUUUAACUCCCAAGAUAUAAUUGUUGAUUCUCCCCUCUAACUGCUACAUAUUAUCUUGUCAACCAGUGAUGAGAAUUUCAUGUAAGAUCAAUUUUUACAACUUCUACCUUUGAGUAUUCUCAUGACCUGUUUGCUGGAUACCAUAUAGAUAUUUUUUGGGAGAAUUUACAUGCUAUGAGUUAAAGGGUUUAUAAUGAUGAAUACGAUUAGAGCAUAUCAGUGGGUCAGUGUUGUUUUUCAUUGUUAAGUUUCACUAAUCAAUAUCCUUCAUUAAAAUAGUUUUGAUUUUUGUUGAUAAACCCUUUAACUCCCAGAAUUGAUUACUAAGUAACUUCUCCCUAUAAUAUCUAAACAUUAUCCAGCAAACAGGUCAUGAGAAUAUUCAAACUUAUCAGGUUAAAGUUGUUAUCUUGAUCUUACACCAAACUCUUGUAACUUACUUACAAGGAAAUGUCUAGCAGCUAAAGGGGAGAAUUAACAAUCAGAUCUUGGGAGUUAAAGGGUUAAAAGCAAGGACUAACUUCUCUUUUUUGGUAUCUGGCUCUUUUCUGAAGGUUUUUGGGCAAGGUCAUUCAAGACUUCAACACCUCUGGAUAAAUUUUAUUUGAAACCAAACUACCUGAAGAAAUGGGGACGGAGAGACAUGAAGAGAAGAGAGUUGUAUGCAGAGCAUGAGAUGGAACGCACCAACUUGAGAUAUAUAAAGAAAAAUGAUAUUUUACCUUCUGUUAUUCGCAAGAAAGCUGCUGAAGAUCUGAAAAAACUGCCAAGGGACAGCUCAAUCUCAAGAGUUCGCAAUCGUUGUGUUUUGACUGACAGAGGGAGGGCUCUUGUUGGACGAUAUCGUGUUUCGAGAAUGAUGUUCCGUCACUAUGCUGACAAAGGUUUGAUGGCUAGUGUGCAGAAGGCAACAUGGUAA